AUGGCCACUCCAUUGGCAAAUCUGGAUAUUAUUUCCAGAUUUCGUGAUUUCCACGAUUUCGUGGUCAUGUUAUCAAGUUAUAAUGUUCUUUUUCUUCCACUCAGUGUUCCUUACUUUCUAGCUUCUUCGUGGCCUCUCCUCGCGAGGAACAAAAGUCUACACACUGUCGCCGUCAAUGCAAGUGAUACGCAAGAGUGCCAACAACACGUCCAAGCCUCGCGGACACCCGCACGACGAUGUGGUCCCUUGGAACGCGCUCAUGCCGAUAACGAUCAAGGAGAGCUCGCGCUCGAUCUCUUCUCCAGGAUGAGCCAGGGAGCUCAUCAGUUUAUAUGCCGAGUGUGGGAGUGUGGGAACUUGGCUGACGCCUUCCAGGUUUUUCAGAGGAUCCCGAGUCACAGUUUGGUCUCCUGGACGGUUUUGGUACUUGGUUAUGAGGAGAAUCUAUCAGGGCGUGCUGGCAGCGAAAGAAGCGCGCUCGAUAUGUUUCUCAAGUGUGGAAGCCUCGAAGACGCUCGCCAGGUGUUUGAGAGGAUCCAGCGCCCGGAUGUUGUGUCGUGGACAACUUUGAUCGCGGGAUACUCCGAGAACCGCGAGCCAGAGGUGGCCCUCGAGCUGUUCCAACGCAUGCAACUCCAGCGAUGCUCUCCGAACGGACAGGCUCUCGUGGCGGUGGUAAAAGCUUGCAUGGCUCUGGCUGCGAUGGAAACCGGGCAGAAGAUAGAUGGAAAGGUUGUCAAGGCGCAAAGCUUGGAGAAGGGAAUGGCCAUUCACGCGAUGGCUGUGUCGCAGUUUUACUACGACUCGGAUGUUUUUUUGGCGAGCUCGCUGGUGGAGAUGUAUGCAAGAUGUGGGAGCUUGCUCGACGCUCGCAAAGUUUUCGACAUGAUCGUCUCGCACGACUCGGUGUUGUAUGCUGACAAUGGAGAGGAAGAGAUUGCUCUCGAGUUAUUCCGGUGCAUGAGUUCUCGAGGCUGCACACCAGAUUGUCGGAAUUACGUUGCGGCGUUGAAGGCCUGUGCCGGGAAAGCAGCGAGAGAGGAAGGCACCGAGAUAUAUGGCAAGCUUGUCAAGCGAAAAUCGUUGGAAGUAGCAGAGGUUCUCCCCGCUGAAGUUGCCGAGCGUGGUUUGGAAACGGACGUGUUCGUGGCGAGCUCUCUGGUGGAUUUGUAUGCGAAGUGUUGGAGCAUGGUGGAAGCUCGCAUGGUUUUCGACAGGAUACUGAGGCACCGUCGAGAUGUAGUUCUCUGGACUGAUCUGACUCUCGGCCACGCAGAGAAUGGAGAGGAAGAAGUAGCUCUGGACUUGGUUGGAGAGAUGCAAUCGCAAGGAUUUGUGCCAAAUGGGUUGACGUUCGUCGCGGCUUUGAAGGCAUGCACGGGCUUGGCCGGUAAGGAACGAGAACUUGGGAACCAUGGCAAGCAGAACGCAGCUCUCGAGCGAGGAAGAGAUGUUCACUCUCAGGCUGUUAAGUGCUGCUGCGACUCGAACGUUUUCGUUGCAAGCUCUUUGAUCGACAUGUACGCGCACUGUGGUAGAAUGGAGGAGGCUCGGAGAGUCUUCCUGGGAGGAGCUGCUUCACAAAACUUGGUCUCUUGGACGUCACUCGUGCUUGGCUACGCUCGAAACGGUAAAGAAGAUCUGGCACUGGAGGCUUUCACUGGUUUGCGACCACAAGACUGUGUCCCGGACACUCGAGCGAUCGUAGCAGCACUGAAAGCCUGCAUUGGUCUGGCCGAGAAAGAAGAUGGCACUCAAGUCGAGGGAAAUUUUGUCAAGUUAGCAGCUCUCGAGAAAGGAAUGGCGGUCCACUCGGAGGCAGCAGCCAAGUGUCCCGGUGACUUGGAAAACACCUUCGUCGCGAGCAGCUUGAUCGACUUUUACGUCAAGUGUGGAAGCAUGGGCGAUGCUCGGCGAGUUUUUGACACUAUGCCAGAUCCGGGCCUGGUUUUGUGGAGCACGCUCAUGCUGGGAUACGCCGAUGAUGGAGAACGUGACAUAGCACUGGAGCUCUACAAACUGGUCAACAAGAGUUACACCCCCGACACUCAAACUCUGGCCGCUGCUCUCACUGCUUUUGCCAGGGUUGUGUCUCUCCAAGCUGGGAAAGAGAUCCACUCGGAGAUUUACAGGUGUGGCUUGGAGGGUGAUGGAGUUCUUGCGACGUGCAUGGUGGACUUUUAUGGCUGGCUUGGAUGGCGCUGCUUGGGGCUUGUCACAAGUGGAGGGACAUGA